GCUCUUCCGCCUUCUCUCGUACCUUGCCUUACUUAACAUUAAGCACGUGGAUGCCCUCUUUUGGGUCUCCUAAUUCGGCACCUCUUUUCCCACCUUUCUUUUCUUCAUUGCCUGUCUGACACCUUUUUGUCUGCUGAGCACUGUCACCGUCAACUGUCAUGAGCUCCUCCGCCGAUCUGCCACCCAGUGGCCCUGGCCUUCGGGUUCGGCAAUCUAGGGGCGACUCGUCCAACGAGAAGGAUUCCUCUGGCCCAGAACCAGGGCAAAGCGAAGAGUCGCCCGAUGCUGAUGUCCCGAAGGAGAAAGUCCAGAAGACGUAUGGACGCACACCAGACGGCACAGUCUUCAUUGUCCCCACUACUCAUGACAUGGUCUCACAACUUCUCGAUCCACGACAGCCCAAGAAUUUGUCCGACGCCUUGGUCCUCGCAAUUCUGGCUCUCCACAUCCUCGCCGCCUACUCGCUUCCGGCUGGUUGGAAGCGCACCGUCUUUGCCCUCGUCUUCCUGUUCUGGCGCGCUUCGUACAACAUCGGCAUUGGCAUUCUUCUGCAGAUCCAGUCUCGGCACCAUCGCCUCAUCACCUGGGCGCAGCGCUGGAAGCUCUUUGAGAACCCGACGACUGGCAAGAACCCGAGACCAUGGCUGUACAGCUUCCUCAAAGGCGAGCUCGAAGCCAAGAUCCCCGAGGAUUACGAAUUCGAAAAGGCCCCCAUUGAGUACAACACUUGGUUGGUUUUCCGAAGGGUUGUUGACUUGAUCUUGAUGUGUGAUUUCGUGUCCUAUUGCCUCUUCGCGAUUGUAUGUGGACACACUCCCGAGGGAGAGAAUCCCCUGCUUGGGAUCGCCCGUUGGGCUAUCGGCAUUGCUCUGAUCGGCUUCAAUCUCUGGGUGAAGCUCGAUGCCCACCGAGUCGUCAAGGACUUCGCCUGGUACUGGGGAGACUUCUUCUACCUUAUCGACCAAGACUUGACCUUCGAUGGUGUUUUCGAGAUGGCUCCUCACCCGAUGUAUUCCAUCGGUUAUGCCGGCUACUACGGCAUCUCCAUGAUGGCUGCCAGCUAUGAGGUCCUUUUCAUCUCAGUUCUCGCCCACCUGGCCCAGUUCGCCUUCCUUGUGAUUGUCGAGAACCCUCACAUUGAAAAGAUCUACAACCCUCCUUCCCCACGAAAGAGGACUGCCUCCGACAGCCAAAGUGAUCGUGCUGUGCUUGCUGAAGGAUCUUUCGACCAGCAGACCCUCACUCCGUCCCUCAAGGACUCUCCGGCCCCGGUCCAUAACCUUGUCGGAAUAAGCAACAUCGACUUAUUCCGAGUCCCGGACUUUACAGUUAUUGCAUUGCCCCUGUACGUAGCGGCCCUCACCUUCGUGGCUCCCUCGACCCCGCUCUGGCAAGGUGUUUUCGUGAUCCAUGCAUUGCUUUGGCGUGCGUGGUAUCAUCUCGGUCUCGGCUUCAUCCUGGACCAGCAGUCAAAGACUAAGAUGUGGACCCGCCACUUCCUCAAGUAUGGUGAGAGUGCAGGUGAGGCUUGGCGUCAGUGGAAGGGCUUGUACCACAUCACUGUGGUUAUGACCAAUACCUCCUUAAUUGCUGCGUGUUGGAAGAUGUAUUCUCCUCCGGAAGACUGGGCAUAUGGACUGGUCAUGCUUAAGCACGUUCUCGGUGCUGGCCUGGUGGCUUUGCAGUUAUGGACCGCAUUCAGCAUCUACGAGUCUCUUGGCGAGUUCGGCUGGUUUUGCGGCGACUUCUUCUUUGACCACCAAGCCAAGUUGACGUACAAGUCCAUUUACCGGUUUUUGAACAACCCCGAGAGAGUAUUCGGUACCGCGGGUGUGUGGGGCGCUGCUCUUAUCACCUGGAGUCGAUCCAUCUUCCUGAUGGCCCUCGUGACACAGAUUUUGACCGUCGGUUUCAUUUCCUACGUUGAGCAGCCACACAUGCAAAAGAUCUACGGCCGAGGCCUACGUGGUGAGGCUGGUCUCACCAAGUUCAUCAAACGCUCGCUGCCCCCUCCCGUCAAGGUAUGGCAGGAGAGCAUGGACAAGGUUAUUGAUGAAACGUCCCACUUUGUUGACGACUUCCUUGACAUGGCCCGGCCAAAGUUUGCCGCUGGUGUGAAGACAAUUGUCCGCGAUACUUCGGCGCUAUUCAAUAUGGCUCCUGCGCGACUCACAAUCACCCGGAUCGCCCCGGAUCUGGAAGGACGAGAUCCCAAGCAGUACUCUCUGAUUGUCCAUGGUAAACCGUCACUUGAUUUAUCUGGAGAUGAGAGGGCUACUGGAAAGGAAAGCUUGAAUGGCAGGUUCCCAAAGCCUAUCAAGACGAUGACCUACGAGUACGGUGCGCCUCUCAAGGUUCAGUGGAGGGCCCCUGCCAACCACAGUAAGAAGGACUGGAUUGGUUUGUACAUGGUCACAGACAACCGUUCUCGGGAAACAACCGAAGUUCCCUCGCUUGGACGCUGGUCGCCAACAAACCCUGGACUAUACGACGCGUUGACAGCCGAUACAAGCAUCUCCAUUCUUGAGCGCCCUGUGCCCGAAUCCGAAUCAUCGGGUGCCGAUCUGGUCGAAGGCGAAGUCGUCUUUGAGGGAGACAAACUUUGGUGGACUCAAGGCAUGUUUGAAUUCCGAUACCAUCACGAUGGUAAUCACACGACCAUGGCGAUUUCGGAACCAUUUGCGAUUCAAAUCGCAAAGUUUGAUGAAGAGGACGUGGAUGUUGAUUCAAAAGGAUUGUAUGAGCAAGCUGUCGAGGCGGCUCUUCUCCCUAUUGUUCAGAACUGCCUCGAUCGCGAUCCUGAUAUUGCGCCCAACAAACCAGAGGAGCCUUUCGGGGGUCACGUUGAGCGGCACAGUAAGUACGCCAAGAGGAUUGUCUACGCUAUCCGUGAGAUGUUCGGUAUUGAAUUCGCACCCCCCGUUGUGGCGGCGGAUGGAAACGUGAGGAAAUUGGCUUGGAGAGUCUGCAACGCAAAGGAGGUCUUGGUAAGUCGCCUGUUUGUUGGCUCAUCCCAUCUCUGAGCUAACAAACGCACUCUAUAGGCCCCUUACAGCAUGUCUCGAUCAAGAGGAACUACUACACCAGCGAUCCAGGAUUUCACUGCAGAGAAAGUGUAAUUACUGUCCCCUGGCAUGUAGUCGAUUUCAAAAUUGGGUUUGGAGUUAUACUUGAAUAUUGAUAUAGUAUGCAAGGUUCAUUAAAAUUUUCUCCACGAAUUCUAGCCGCUAGAGGUCAAUCGCGGCGA